UCCGCCGCUGGUACCCAAACACAUUGUUAAAAGCCGCCCGAUAAACGCUCAGCACUGGUUUAUAUCUCAUGUUUGUGAGCAAUACUGACCGCUGAGCAUCCGUUUUCACACAGGAUCUGUCCUCCCGCUGGAUUAUCACCACAGAGCCGGCUGGCUGUUGCCAUGACAACAGAUGAGGCAGAGAGUCUCCAGAAGAAGCCGCGGCAGCAGGAGGAAACGGGCCAGAACCCCGAGCCGCCCUCGCCGGAGGAGGAGCAGCUCCGGCCUCGCAACCGCAACUCUGCCGGCCGCGGCCUCUCCCGCCUCUUUUCCUCCUUCUUGAAGAGGCGCUCGCAGUGUGACAGUGAAGCGGGCGAGAAGGAGGACAACGAAGAAGAAGCAAAAGCCCCCAUCGCUGAUCCUGAACCCGAGCUGAGGACAGAGGGAGAGGUCGCCCUGGAUCAGCACUCAGUGAGCAGUGCCGAGGCUCAGGCUGUCCAGGUGGAGAAGAAAGAAGCCGAGGAGGAGAAGGGUGGAGAGGACAAAGUGAACAACAAGGAGAAAGAAGAGGAAGCAGUCCUGGAGAAAGAGAACAAGGAGAAGGAGCAGGACAAGGAGGGGGAGGAGGAGAAGGAGAAGGAGAAGGAGGAAGAGAAGGAGGACGAGAAGGAGUCUGGCCCUGAAGGAUGCAGCAAGGGAGAGAAAGACGAGAAACUGACAGAUGAGAAGGCCAAAGCUCCCAGAGGUCCACGCCGGCCCAAGACCAUGCAGAUCAAAGUCACCCUGCUGGACAACGCGCUAUUCGAGUGUGAGCUGGAUAAACAUGCCAAAGGUCAGGAGCUGUUCAUGAAGGUGUGUGACCACCUCAACCUGCUGGAGAAAGACUACUAUGGCCUGGCCAUCUGGGAGACACCCAGCAUGAAGACUUGGAUGGACCUGACCAAGGAGAUCCGCAGGCAGGUACAAGGUGCUAACUACAGUUUCACCUUCAAUGUGAAAUUCUAUCCGCCGGAUCCAGCCCAGCUGUCUGAAGACAUAACAAGGUACUAUCUGUGUCUCCAGCUGCGGAAGGACAUCCUGCAGGGCCGACUUCCCUGCUCCUUCGUCACACUGGCCCUGCUGGGUUCGUACGCCCUGCAGUCGGAGCUGGGAGAGUAUGACCCCGAGGUGCACGGCAGCGAAUACGCCAAGGAGAUGAAAAUGGCCCAGGGUCAGACGAAGGAGCUGGAGGACAAAAUGAUGGAGCUGCACCACACGUACAGGUCAAUGAGUCCAGCCCAAGCAGACCUUAUGUUCCUGGAGAACGCCAAGAAACUCUCCAUGUACGGAGUGGACCUUCACCAGGCCAAGGAUCUGGAUGGCGUUGACAUCAUGCUGGGGGUUUGCUCCAGCGGCCUGAUGGUUUACAAAGACAAACUGAGGAUCAAUCGCUUCCCCUGGCCCAAAGUCCUCAAGGUCUCAUACAAACGCAGCAGCUUCUUCAUCAAAAUAAGACCCUCUGAGGUGGAACAGUAUGAGAGCGCAAUUGGCUUCAAGCUACCAAAUUAUCAGGCGGCAAAGAAGCUGUGGAAAGUGUGUGUCGAGCAUCACACCUUCUUCAGGCUGACUUCCACUGAGAUGGUCACCACUCCUAAGAAAUUCCUGGCGCUGGGCUCUAAGUUUCGCUACAGUGGUCGCACUCAGGCUCAGACCAGACAGGCAAGCUCUCUGAUUGACAGACCCGCACCACUUUUCCAGCGCUCUUCAAGCAAGAGGAACUCACGCAGCCUCGAUGGAGCCAUUGAGUCAACUCCAGACAACAAAUCCACUCGUCCGGUCAGCGCCCCCGUUAUGUCACCGGUGUCUCCUGGGGAGGCAACCCCGUCGCCGCUACUACCAACCCUGUUUCGCUCUGACUGUCAUGACGGCUCCACGCCUAAAGACCGCCGCUCUGCGCACAGGAAGGCAGAGGCAAAGCCGGGGAGUCAGCCACCUGAGUACACUAAGAGCCACAGCCGCAGACCAGAGUCCACUCCAGAAAUCAAGACAUUGGCCAGGAGAGAGCGGCGGCACUCCCCCUCUGUGACCACUGCCAAUGGGGAAAGAGAGAAAAAGAGUCAGCGCUCUCCUCAGGACAAAACAAAGAUGGAGUUGGUGCAAGUGAGGAAGAAAAGAGCUAAGAAACUUGAGGGAGAAACUAUUUAUAUCAGACAUAGCAAUUUAAUGUUGGAGGACGUGGAUAAGACCCAGACCGAGAUCAUGCGUCACCACACAAGCAUCAGCGAGCUGAAGAGGAGUUUCAUGGAGUCGGUACCAGAGUCUCGACCCAGUGAGUGGGACAAGCGUCUUUCCAUCAACCUGCCUUUCUGCACGGCAAGCAUCAACGGCCAGCUGCAGGCAGUGUCUCCUGUGCUAAAGACGCAGACAGUCACCAUCUCAGAUGUCACAAACUCUCUGAGAGGAAGUGUGAUAUACAAGGACGUCCCUUUAGUUCACACUGAGACCAAGACCAUCACAUACGAGUCACCACAGCCUGUGGACAGCCUGGCAGAGAGGGACACAGGAGUGCUGCUGAGUGCCCAGACCAUCACCUCCGAGACCAUCAGCACCACCACCACCACCCAGAUAACCAAGACGGUGAAAGGGGGGAUCUCUGAGACUCGCAUUGAGAAGAGAAUAGUCAUCACUGGAGACACUGAAAUUGAUCACGAUAAGGCUUUGGCUCAAGCCAUUAAGGAGGCAAAAGAGCAGCACCCGGAUAUGUCUGUUACCAAAGUGGUUGUGCACCAGGAAACAGAGAUCACUCCAGAGUAAGGCCGACCGACCCUUUGUGAGACCUGUCAGUUGCCCCCACUCUUCCUCCAUACUUGUGUCACAUUAAACCAUUUUGACUGCAGCACCCCCAGCCAUGACACCCAACUGCACGGCCUUUGACAUGAAGCACCAGACCACAUCAGAGGGAACGAGCUUCGACGUCGAACAAUGAACUUUAACCUCCGCGCGUGUGAAGUCUGCCCCGAAGGAGACGACUCACCAGAAAAAUUCCCAAGAACUUUCCCCCGUAUUCCCCCACAGUCCCCCUCUUGUUCCACUUACUGCCAAAAAAAAAAAAUCAACCGCUGGACUGAUGACAAAAAUAACUUUUUUUAAGGAGGAAAAAACAACAACAACAAAGAAAAAAAAAAUCACAUAAACUUGUGGUUUAUUCCUCUGGAAUAUAUACACUCUAGAGAUUUUGAGAAACAUUUUCAAGGGCAUUUGGUCUUUUAAUCUUGAGAUUACUGGUACAUUAUUUUUCUACGGCUUUUCUUACCAUCAGAAUUGGUUAUCAAUAACUUGGAGGUCAAGUGUUUUUAAAUGUAUUCCAAACAGCAUUGACAAAAGAAAUGUAGGUGGAGUUUUUUUUUUUUUUUGUGGGAUUGAACACAUUGGGAGCCGAGCAACCCUCUCAGAUCUCAGAGCGAGUUUGGUGUCAUUUCUUGUACAGUUAGCAUUUUAUUUUCCUUCUCAAUGUGAAAAAAUAUUUUUUCAAUUUAUGUACAAAAAAAAAAAAAGAUUGAUUUUAUCAAACGGCGGGGGGCAAUUACUCGUUUCACCUUGUGUAAAGCUCUGGCCUGAACACUUGUUGAUGAUGGAUUUUACAUCUUUUGAUUGUUUUUAAAUUGUUCUUGUUGUCGUAGUGCUUGUGUCACUAGAACGGUGCUUUUAUCAGUACGAAGAAGACAGCAGUGACCGAAAUAACCUUUUUCUUUCAUGUAUUCCCACCUCUGUCUUUUUUGUGUGUGUGUUGUUUUGUAAAACUACUCUGCAGGUGUGACUUCAACAUUUUGUAUUAAGAGCAUACCUGUCACUCCGUACAGUUUUAAGGGCCUUCCACAUCAAGAGCCAUAACUGUAACUGUCGGCGGAGACCGCACCUCAGCUAUAACCACAGUGACAGCGGGGAACAACAUCGCCUGGAUCACCCUCAUGAAUUAUGAAUAACUUUUUCCCUACAAGACAAUAUUGCAGGAGUUUUAUAAUAUUGGUCCUUUAUGACGAUCACAGCGAUAAUUGAUGUUGACUCUGCCAAGAGUAUGAAUAAAUGUGUCUUCAAAAGUAGUCUCCUAACAGGGAGUUGGGUCCUCUUGACUCCACGUCUCUGAAGGACUUUGCAAAACCAUAUUUUCCUCUUUUCAUCGCUCUGUGCAACACAGAGCAGUGACAGGUCGCUGACACGCAUGCUUGGCGCCACCGUUUACAGAACAUUACCUUUCACCAGUGCGGACGCUCACAUUGUUACUGUUACGGGCGCGGUUCUUGAUGUGGACAUGCCUUUACUCAUAUCUACUAAGCAAGGCAUCAGCAUCUACAGUAUUUAUGUUUACAGUAGUUAUGUUUCACAUUUGUACUUCUUGUACCAAAUGGGCAGUGUGUACUCAUCUUAAAGAGGGUUUUAACCCAACAUUAAAAUUAGGUUAAUUUGAGUGGAGAUCAAAGCAAUAAUUAUUCCAACUAUUGCAGCACAUCUAAAAGGUUAUCUGGUUAAAGUUGUAAUAACGCUAAUUAGUUAGACCAGUUCAUGACCUGCAGUGAGUGGACUUGCAUUGUGCACUGCUUUGUGACUCAGCAACUUAUUCAGACGGUAACCUUUAGGUAACCUUUAAGGACAGAUGACGCCGAGCAAACAAAUUGCAAAUUCUACAGCGUCUGCUGCGAUAUUCCUGAAGUUCUAAUUGUGCAAUCUGAUAUAGUAAAUUAUUUAAAGUUAAAUUAUUAUUAUUAUUAUUAUUAUUAUUAUUAUUAUUAUUAUUAUUAUUAUUAUUAUUAUUAUUAUUAUUAUUAUAUUUUAAAUAGGCCUACAAAGGUUUUAAAACAACAACAACUAUGUUUCAGUCCUUUGUGCUACGUCUAUAUGAAAAAAUAGAGCCUGGGGAAUGAAGCUGCUCGGUAGUCUGAUGGUACAGCAGCACAUACUUCUGUAUCUGUUGGCAGAUGGCAGCAGGGUGAACAGACUGUAGCUGGGUGGGUGAUGUCUUUUAUUAUCUAUGGGCUCUGUGCAGACAUCUCACUUGUGCUUUUCUAACCAGGGCGCUGAUGUUCCAUGACGAAAAGAGGCUCUCAGUGACGGUAAUUCCAAGGAACCUAAAACAUUUAACCUGCUCUACACUGAUGUACUUUUUUUUUCUAAAAUCAACCAUCAGCUCCUUGGUUUUGCUGACGUUGAGCAGGAGAUAGUUCUUUGUGCACCAGGGUGCACCAAAAAGCAUCCUGAUUUAGCUGAUCUUCACUUCAAGCCAUUUAGAAGGUUUUACAUAAACUUAGAAAUUGAUUUCUAAAUAGAGUGCUCAAGAACUGCCAACACCAUGAACCAGGUCGUGAUAAAUUUGAACCGCUGAACCUAAAAGUGAUGUUUUUUCUGCUAAACAAAAUUAUUUAACAGAGCCAGGUGCUUCCAAUGGAUCAAUAGCAAGUGUAGCACUGUGUGGGAGCCUGUUCUGGACAUUGACGAUUGAAUUUAUUAAAGAAGCACUCACUGUAGUCUUGGGGAAGAAAUUUUAAUCAGAUGAGAAAGAUCUUCAUUGACUGUACUGAAUAAACAACUGCUUAAAGGACAACACAAUUCAACACUAUAUAUAGAUAUAUUUUAUUCUAAUUGUAUAUAUGUGUGUGUUCUAUUGUUAAUUGUUAAUAUUAUAAAUUCUGACUUUGAAUUCCUUCUCCGAAACUACAUAGUGUCCCUUUAAUAAACACUAUGAAGCAGGAAAACCAUCAUUCAGACUAUUAGUUUAACCUUAUUAGUCUGAAAAUUGGAAUAUUAUAUGUAUGCAAGUGCCCUAUGACAUUUCACUGUUAGUACUGUGACUCAUUCGUGCACACUGCCCAUUUGAAUCAGACACAUAACUAGUGCACACAUGUAGUAUAUAAUUUGUAGUUCUUUAAACAUGACAUGAUUUUGAGAACAGAGUUGUCUGUGAAGUCCUCCCAACAUGUUAUAGUUUUGUCACCGUUAUGUUGUCUUCAUCGUGGCAUUCCCUUUUUCUUUCAAUAUCUUUCUUACUUGUGCACCCUGAAUUUGCCAUGACAGGCAGACAUGUAAUAAAACAGCACCAUGAA